AUGGGCGAAGCGCUGAACACGCGGGAAAACGUCGCGGAGGGCACGCCGGGACGACCGAAUCUCGCGUUCGUCGGCCCGGCGAGCGGUGCGCUGUGCGGGGCGUUCGCGCUGAUCCAGAGCGAUAACGAACUGGCGUCGCCCGCGGGACUGGCGCUGGGGGCGGUCGCGACGCUCGCGUUGGGCUAUCAGUACGCGAAGAGAUUCGACGAGACGCCGAGAAAUCCGCUCGAGUGGCCGGGACCGCGAUUGAUGCCGACGCUCGGGGUGCUGUUUUCGCUCUUCGCGUUUUUGGCCAACGUCGAGGCGCUGCCGAGAGUGCUCUCGCCGCUCGCGAUUUGA